AUGGGACAGGAACAUCAUCAUCAUCAUCACGAUGUUCUCUCUUCAGAGGUUACGGCUGUUGUAUCUGCCAGCCUGUUUGGCAUGAUUGGCUUUCUGUCGGUGGUAGUGCCAAUUGCUCUUUGGAAUUUCAAGUUUCUCUUUUGGUCGACGCAUGGAUGGUCACACCGAGCGGCAGGAGGGUGCCUGUUGCUGUGGUUGUGCGUUGGUGUGCUUCAAGCAUUUCAGCUACAUUUGUACGGGAACAACGCUCGGUCGCCACAACAAGAGUGUCUCAUCUAUGACACAAUUUUGGGAAUUCUGGGCAUUACAACCACCCUGACGGCUGCACGUGACUUUCCACACAAGUACGUUCAAAAUGCAAAGGGACAAUCCGGUUCGCUGUCGCAAAAGGCGCUCGUCACACAGGGAGAAAUGGUGGAGCACUCCUUUUAUCAAUGCUUGAACUUACUUCAGGCGUGGUAUCUUCACUUUUUGUCAUCUCCACAAUCUACAAACGCCAACAUCAAAGCAUGGGAACCCUUCUUGGCACUGUGGUUGGUCACCAGUCCCUGGUAUCUUCGAAAGUUGUUUCCCAUAAACUCAUUCAGUCACAAUUGGAAAUUCACUCCCCAACAUCAGCGAACACCUCAAGAAACAAUAUUGUACCGAAUCAAAAAGUCUCAGUACAUGUUUUACAAACAUGUUCUGUUACACGGACUCAACAUCUCGAUGGCAUUGCAGCAAUCAACGGCAGUAAUGCAAGAAUACAAUCAUGACAAUAGGAUGACUGCAACUCCUGCCUGGAGAGUGUAUUGGUUGGCACUGAAUACCAGCUACGUCAUGGAGUUCUUCUUGCAAACACUCGUGCGAAGAAAUGUAAUACACAACCCUACCAUGCUUCGAUUGCAACAAUGGCUCAUGACUACCAGCAGUAUUGCUGCCAUGUGGAUCCUCGCAGGACGGUACUACUACUACUAUGGUUCCUCCUCGCAAGAUGAUGAGACUAUGUCAAUGAUACACGUUCGGCCACUGGUGUGCCUCAUGUCUCUCGUACUCAAUUUGGUUCAUAGACAUCAUGAUGUCUUCAAUGUAAUGAUCACGGCGGGAGUGUUUUACUACUGGCAACAGCAGUUACAAUAG